AUGAUGUCGAACUUCGCACAACAUCCUGAUCUUACGCUAAACGAGCGGUUGGUCUGGCGGCCAGCGAAGGGCAAGGACCAGGUCUAUAACUACAUCCUGCAAAAGGCUCCGACGGCCAGGGCACGAUGUCGGAAGUGCUCACAGCUGAUCUCAAAGGGAGAGAUGCGAGUUGGUGUACCCAUUCGUCACAACGCAGGCGAUAACGGGUGGAUCUCUGCGUGGCAACACCUUGGGUGCACCCGCAUGGAGAAGAGUGAGUCGGAGAACUACGAAAGCACCAUGCACGGGUUUACAGAAUUGAAGCCAGAGGAGCAAGAGCAUGUGGUCAAUGAGAUCAACUCUAUGGAAAUGCCAGAUCACCUUAAGCCGUUGGAUCCAAAUGAUUUGAUGCACCGAGGUAAGAUGGAGCAAAUGUCACCGCCGUCCGCACUGCUGCGGCACCUGUUGCCUUAUCAGAAGGAGGGAAUGGGGUGGAUGGUGCGCCAGGAGACUGAGUCUCCCGUCAAGGGCGGCAUCCUUGCGGACGAAAUGGGUAUGGGAAAAACUAUCCAGGCCAUCGGAAUGAUGCUCGCGCACCGCAUCAACGGCCCCACGCUCGUUGUCUGUCCGGUAAGCUCCAUGUUGCAAUGGGAGGCUGAAAUUAAGGAGCACGUGGUCCCUGGAGCUCUCUCGGUUGUCAUCGUGUACCGCACCACCAAGGUGACGAAGGAGGAGCUGGAAAACGCGGAUGUUGUUCUUACCACUUAUCCAAUGCUCGAGCAGGCCUGGCGCGCUCUCAUCAACGAGAUCAAGGUACCAUGUCCCUACUGUGAGCUGCUCUUUAUUCCUCGCCAGUUGGUGGUGCACAACAAGUACUUUUGUGGUCCGCGCGCCAGGAAGACACUGAAACAGGCGAAACGUGAAAAGCACACCGCGCCUGCAGCAGUGAGUAGCUCAAGGGGUCUGCAGUCUAACGAGACCAUUCGAAAGGGGUUGCGAACACUCCACGUAGAUCUCGGUGAAGAAGAGGUAGCCGAGGAGGAGGUCAAUGCGUUCAAUGCUACAACGGCACAGCCGCAGCGGAAGCGGUGUCGCAAGGACGCAGCUAACGGCACGGUUGAUCCGGCUGGGGAGGUCAACGGCGGUAGCAUCUCCGCGGCUAAAAAAGAGAAGCAAGAGGAGUCGGGGAGUAAGGUGGCUGAUGGUUGCCAAUCAUCACCCGAAAAGGCAACUUUCAAGUGUUCCAUCAAGGUGGAAGAUGCCACUGAUGAGGUGACAGCGCUGGCAAAAAAAGGCACUGUGGCCCAGCCAGCUGCGGCUUCACGGGGAGUUGUUGGGCCGAUCGGCAUGUACCAAGAGCUUAUGCGAGAAGCUGGCCGCACCGUGCGCAGUCGCUGGGACGCGGCGAGGAAGGAUGGCGAGAGCAGCAGCGAAGACGAAAACAUGGCUGAGUCCAGUGAGGGCAAUGACAGCGAUGCGUCGGAUUUGUCCUACGACUCUGCGGCUGCGGCGGCCGAGGAAGCUGCGGCGGAAGAGCAAGCUUCUAAAGCCCUGGAGGCGUUCCGCUGCACCGCCUGCCACUUUCAGCUGCUGCGGUACCCUUUCUGCCCCAAGAAUGGCCAGCACCACGUUAUCAGGGAGGAUCUGCGUGACAUCAUCGAAAAGGAUACCGGCGGCGAUGAUGUCGACCUUGAUGCUUCAAUCUUCCACUCCAUCAAGUGGGCGCGCAUUAUCCUGGACGAGGCGCACCGCAUCAAAGGCCGAACAACGAGCACGGCCCGCUCUGCCUUCGCCUUGGUGGCCGAGUACCGGUGGUGUCUCACCGGCACCCCACUACAGAACCGUGUUGGUGACUUGUACAGUCUCCUGCGCUUUUUGCGCAUGCGACCGUACGCACACUACUAUUGCGAAAGGGAGGGCUGCUCGUGUGCCUCGCUCUCGCACCCGUUCUCCUCCACCUCGCUUCACCAGUGCGUCUUCUGCGGCCAUGGACCACUGCAGCACCACUCCUAUUUCAAUCGCUAUAUUCUCAAUCCGAUCAAUCGCUACGGCUACAUUGGAGACGGGCGACGCGGUAUGAUGAUGCUGUCGAACGACGUCUUUUCCCGGGCGAUGCUGCGCCGCACCAAGGUCGAGCGGGCCGCUGACCUGCAGCUGCCAUCGCUGACGGUCGAGGUGCUCCACAUCCAGCUCACGAGGGAGGAGCGUAAUUUUUAUGAAUCCCUGUACAAGAAGAGUACGGCCGAGUUCGACACGUUCGUGCACAAGGGAACGGUGCUGCACAACUAUGCACACAUUUUCCAGCUGCUUAGUCGCUUGCGUCAAGCCCUCGACAACCCACUGCUUGUGAUGCACGGCAUGAAUGUUGGCACAGUGGUGAACGUCAAGGGUGUUUGCGGCAUCUGUGGCGACGGCAUCGAAGGUGAGAGUGCUCUGAAGGUACACCCGUGCCGGCACCAGUUUCACCGACUGUGUCUCGGCCAGUUCCUGGAGAGUGCCCCAGACAAUGAGUUCCACUGUUCCAUCUGCUUUGUGCGAAUCAACGUGGAUCUGCGGCAGCUGCGGCAGGAUGCAGAGGAGGACGAUGACGAGGGCAUCGGCGGCUUUGCGGCAGCGUUGCCUCCCGAGCUGGAAGAUGAGGUUAACACCGAGGAGAACGACGACGCUGAGGGUAAUGAAGACGGCGGUCUAUCUCAGGUGUCGCAGCACAUGCAAAAUAAGGGAAGGCGGCGCACAACGCACACCGCGCCGACCAAAAAGGAACAGCGCAGCAUUCUCACCCGGCUGGACCCGCAGAAGCCGCUGCACGGCACAAAGCUCGACGCCAUCGCCGACUACAUCGAGAGGGUGCCGAAAGACGAAAAGGUGGUUGUCUUUUCGCAGUUUGGUAGUAUGCUGGACUUGAUGCAAUACUGGCUGCAGCGCCGCUUCAUCAAAGCUGUAAAGCUGUGCGGGUCACUGACGCUGACGCAGCGGCAGUCAGUGCUGCAGGCCUUUCUCCAUGACCGAAGCGUACGUGUCAUCCUCAUCUCUCUGAAGGCAGGCGGAGAGGGUUUGAACCUGCAGGUAGCCAAUCACGUGGUGCUGACCGAUCCGUGGUGGAACCCAGCGGUCGAGAUGCAGGCCGUGCAGCGAGCGCACCGGAUCGGGCAGACCCGCCCGGUCCACGCUGUCCGCUUCGUUACGGAGCAUUCAGUAGAGGAGCGCAUGGUCGACCUGCAGGAAAAGAAGAUGCUCGUGUUCGAGGGUACCAUUGACGGCAAGUUGCAGUCGCUCAACAAGCUCACCGAGGAAGAUCUGCAGUUCCUCUUUACACGGUAG